AUGGAAACCCCAGAUAGAACCGCCUCUUCUUCUCAUCAAUUACAGUCACCACUGCCUCCAUCAGAAACUCGGCUAUGGAGACCAGCUGCUCAGCGAAACCUCAGAAACCAGUGGUCAAAGUUGGCCUCUUAUAGGUCACAAUGGGUCUCUUCUUCUUCUGCUGGCAGAUCAUCUGCUACUUCUCUUGUUAACACUUAUCUCUCCCGAAAAUUCAUACCUUCAAUGGAGCUUGGAGUUUUAAGCGACAUGCCUGAUGUUCGAAAGAAAGCUAGUUCAAAGUUGCUUAAACAGCAGGAGCUUUAUAGGAGCAAACUCUUGUCAUCUUACAAGGAUUUGCAUGCACUUAAAACCAACUCAGGAAAUAAUAAAUUGAUGAGAAACUAUGUUGCAGUUGUAUUGAGUUUUCAUAUCGGGGCCAACCUUCUGCUUGAUUUUUCCGAGGAAGAAUCAUACAGAGGUGUACAAUUAAAUGUGGUUGCUGUUGUAACUCACAUGGUCAACACUAGUAGUUCCAUGAGAUGUUAUGUCAAAGGGACAAACAAUAGUCCACUCAUACAAUUUUCCUAUAGAUCUGAGGAUAAAAAUGAUGCUGGUGAUGGUGGCGAGAUCCCACGUUUGCUUCUUGUGGAGUUAUUUACCAUUAGUUGUGAAGCUCCACAAGUUAACGAGUUUUGCUGGUUAAAUGAACUUUAUCCUGGAGAAUUUGAUGAUUUGAGAAUAUGCAACUUGUAUUCCAAGGAUACUAGUGGACCGGUCACUCCAAGACUGAUGGAAGGGAAAUCUGAUAUGCCUACCUUAAAAUUUAAUAGUCAACCAAACCAUGAGAAUUUGCAGGGAAAGAAGAAAAAUGCUGGGUUGGUGCACGGAUUGACAUGUUUCAUGGAACGCAAAGGAAGCGAGGUCGAGGUGCAGACCAUGAGAGUAUCAAGGCACGUAACAUUUGGUAUUAGAGCCUCGCAUGGUUGA